AUGUACCAAAGCCAGUUGCUGGAACUUCGGCAAAGGCUAUUGUAUGCUGAGAAGGAAAGUAAAAAAAGAUCACAGGAACUGAGCAGUGCCCUAGAUGAAAUUAAACGUGUACUUGCAAAAAGAAUGAACUUGACAAUGAAUCAUACAGAGGAUAUGAAAGCGUCAAACCUCCCCAGAAAACUCCCUGUGCAUCUUACAAACAUGUACUACUAUCUACCUCACCUUCAAGAAUAUGAAGAUGCCAUUUUCCCGAAUGUUAUUUUUGGGCAACAAAGAACUGGAGUCUCACUGGUGAUGGGUAUUCCUACUGUGAGAAGGGAAAAACAACAUUAUCUGAUUAAUACACUGCAUUCCCUACUGUACGAACUGUCUGAACAGCAAAAGAACGACUGUGUAGUAAUCAUCUUUGUAGCAGAGGUGAAUGAAGAAUAUGUUAACAGUGUUGCAGAAAGUGUUAAAACCAGCUUCCCCAGAGAAAUCCAGUCUGGACUCCUAGAGGUUAUUUCUCCUCCUGCUUCUUAUUAUCCAGAUCUUUCCAACCUGAAGAAAACAUUUGGGGAUUCAGAGGACAGAGUAAGGUGGAGAACUAAACAGAAUUUGGAUUAUAGCUUUUUAAUGCUAUAUGCCCAACAUAAGGGAACAUUUUAUUUACAGCUGGAAGAUGAUAUUAUAGCCAAACCUGAUUAUAUUCAAAGUAUAAAAAGCUUUACUGCUAAACAGUCCCAAGAGUGGAUGAUUCUCGAGUUCUGCCAGCUUGGAUUUAUUGGAAAAUUGUUUAAAUCGGAAGACCUGCCGCUCAUAGUGGAAUUUUUUCUUAUGUUCUAUAAAGAUAAGCCCAUAGACUGGCUUAUAGACCACCUGCUCUGGGUUAAAGUGUGCAAUCCAGAAAAGGAUGCAGUACACUGUGAAAAGGAAAAGGCAAAUAUACGUAUCCGUGCUCAACCGUCUCUCUUUCAGCAUGUGGGGAUUUAUUCAUCAUUGUCUGGGAAGAUACAGAAUUUGAAAGAUAAAGCUUUUGGCAAAAAUGUGCUACAUAAAGCACACAAUAAUCCACCUGCAAAAGUGGAUACCAGCCUAAGAAUAUACCAGCAAUAUACCUUGGAAAAAAUUUAUAAAGGAGAAGACUGUUUUUGGGCUUCAGCUCCAGUGGCAGGGGACUACAUCAGCUUCACCUUUUUAAAUCCACUAAAAGUUGAAAAGUACAUCUUCAGAAGUGGAAACAUGGAGCACCCUGGUGAUAAACUGUUUAACGCUACUGUGGAAGUGUUGCCAGCUGAUGAAAUGCUAAGAAAAGAACUGGUUGACAAUGGAAGUAAGUUUAACUACCCAGCAACCCAAGACGGAUAUUUAAAAAUAGGGGCUUUUGAAAAUGGAAUUGCAGAAGGCAGUAUCGAUCAGUCAAUAGGAAAAAUACAGGCUAUUCGUUUAUCAGUCAAUUCUGAUUCUCCUGUAUGGGUAAUACUUAGUGAGGUACUUAUCAAGACAUCUGAAAACUGA